GUUUAAACUUUAUUUCUGAAAGUGGACCUGGGUAAGACUGAACAGGUUGUUAAGCUGUUUGUUUUGUACAGGCUUGUAGGAGGCGAUGGAAAACAGAUCAUACAGAUACGAGAUCCUCAGGAUUGAAGGAUUGCGGAUCACACCUUACUCCGCUUAUCCGGUGUUCGUUCUUCUUUUCCUGAUCUAUCUGUUCAUUAUGGUAUCGAACAUUGGCCUUGUCAUGAUGAUAGCAAUGCAGAAAUCUCUUCACAAACCAAUGUACCUUCUCUUCUGUAACCUCCCUGUGAAUGAUGCACUCAAUGCUACCGUUGUACUUCCUGGUUUACUCAAAUACAUCUUGGUGGAAUCUGACAGGUAUAUCAGCUAUGCCGCUUGUGUAAUUCAAGCCUUUGGGGUUCACACAUUGAGCACAAAUUCACACUAUAUAUUAAUAAUCAUGGCUUACGACAGGUACGUGGCCAUAUGCAAGCCAUUACGAUACCACACCAUAAUGACUAACAAAAUGGUUGUAGGUCUGUCUGAAACAGCAUGGGUGACUUCUGCUGUCCAGGUCUUGAUCGUAUUCUCCCUCUCUAUAAGGCUCUCUCAUUGUACUUCAACGAUAUCAAAUCCCUACUGUGACAAUCCUUCUCUGUUUAAACUUUCUUGUGAGGAUGUGUCUUUAAAUCAGAUCGUUGGUUUAUUUAUCACUGUCGUGUUUUGGAUUAUCUCCGUAUCGUCGAUCAGUCUGACUUAUCUAAAGAUCGCACAGGUUUGUCUAAAAAAUCGAAACAGCACACUGAAGAGCAAGGCUAUAAAAACAUGCAGCACCCAUCUGAUUGUGUAUCUCAUUCUCUUUGGAUGUGGCUGUACUGUGAUCAUUUUGCACCGUUUCUCAGCAUAUGAGGGACUUCGGAAUCUGGCCAGUGUCUUACUUUAUGUUAUUCCUCCAAGCCUCAACCCGGUCAUAUACGGCCUUCAAACCAAAGAAAUAAGACAGGGGAUUGAGCAGAUGUUCCUGAGAAGGAAAGUCCUUCCAGGAUGAUUUCCUUAUUAUUGAGUAAAUAUAGAAAGUAUACAAUAAUAUGUAUUGUUAUGUAUAUGAAUGAAGUGUUACAAAAAAAAAAAAAAAAGUUAAAUGCAAGCAGCUUGUUAAACAAGAAAAAUAAACAGCACGGAUGAAUAUUUAUGUUGUAGCCCGUUGCCACUCACAGAUACACCGCUAUAAGAGGAAGAAAAUCAGAACUAAAUGAUGACAUUUAUUUGUAAGAAUAAUGUCCAGCUAUUUCAUCUUCCUUGAUACGGUGAUAUUAAGUAUUAUUUUUGUUAUUUUUUUUACACUCUCUCUAUUUUAU